AUGGUUAAACAACAUCAGUCUGAUUCACAUCAAUAUCUUUCUAAUCAUCACAGCGAUUCUUCACGUUCAUCAUCAAUUUGUUCGUCUUCACUUUCACCAAAAACUUCAUCUUCGACGACUGCUACACCAACAAUAGCGACGACAGCUGCAGUGCCUGCAGCAACAGCCACAGCUACUUUCACUGAUAUCGAUCCACAACUGGCUCAACAUGUCGAAUAUGAAUUAGGUUUAACAAAAAAGAAUGGUAAUGGCAGUGGAACACGAAAAAAUGCAUGGGGAAAUUUAAGUUAUGCUGAAUUAAUCAGUAAAGCUAUUACAAGUAGCGCUGAACAACGUCUAACAUUAUCAGAAAUUUAUGAUUGGAUGAUAAAAUAUGUUCCAUUUUUUCGUAAUAAAGUUGAUAGAAUUAGUAGUGCUGGUUGGAAGAAUUCCAUUCGUCACAAUUUAUCAUUACAUAAUCGAUUUAAACGUGUACAAAGUGAAGGUACUGGUAAAUCAUCUUGGUGGAUGAUUAAUCCAGAUGAUAAAAGUAUUAGUGGUAACGGUACAUCGCCAUCAACUGGUAUAAAACAACCACGACGUCGUUUAGGUCAAGGUACCAAAUCUUCUUCUGUACCAUCAACAACAACAAAAAGACUUCGUACACCUCGUGCAACGAAAGCAUCUCGAGCAUUAAUUACAGCUCAACAAUUAGAACAACAACAUCAAACUUCAGUACCUCAACAAAUUCAACCUCCUGACAUGUCAACAGCAUCAGUUUAUGAAGCACAACAAUGGACUUCUCAAUUAGAAACAGACAAUGGAAAUGAUCAUUUAUAUGAACAAGAACUCUAUUCAACAACAGUAAGUACUCCAGCAACGAACAGUAAUGGUAAUUCAACAGGAUGCAUUCAGUCAACAUAUUCAUAUGACGAUGUACCAACUAAUUAUGUGGGUAAUGCAACAUCAAACAAUAAUAAUAACACCGGUGAUUAUUCAUAUCAUCAUCCACAUCACUUUCAUCCUCAUCCUCAUCAUUCACAUACGCUUUAUCAACAUCAUCAUGGAUCAAAUUAUGAUACCGGUUCAACAAAUAGAUAUUAUCACCAACAAUCGGUGCUUAGUGAUCAUCAUUCUAAUCAAUGUUCUCUUCCAAUUGAUACGUAUCACACAAAUAAUCCAGGAACAUAUUCAUUACAACAACAACAAAUCGAUCCGAAUGAUGAACAUUUAUAUUUAGGUGUUCAUUCGACAUCAUCACAUUCAUCAUCAUCAUCACUUUCACCACCAACAUUAACAACAAAUAAUAAUCUUCUACCGUCAUCUUCGUCCGGUUCGUCUUCUUCUAACUAUGCACAUACGCAUAAGUCUUCAUCAUCCGGUGGUUAUCUACAUCCGACAUCGAAUGGAACACUCACACUUUAUAGUCAUCAUCAUCAGCAUAUUUCACAGCAUCCUAAUUCAUAUCAUCCAGAUAUUGAAACAUUACUUCAUUUAAAUACUGAAGAUGAUGAUAUUGAUGAUGAUGAUGAUUUUUCUACUCUUGUACAUCAUCACGGAAUAAUUGAUGAUCAACAACAACUAUCAUCUUGUUUUCCUAAUAAUAAUAAUAAUCAUCAAUUACAUUCUCAUAAUGAUGCAUCAACUUCAAUUUUACGUACGGUGCUGAACAGACCGAUUGUCGAUAUGUACAAUCAACAGGUGUAA